CGAAGUAAAUUUUAAAAAAAUCUCUCGGCUGCUAUCAGCAAACUGUUCAAGAUGAAGUCGUUCUUUGUCGUCACUUUAGUUCUAUUUUCAUGUCUGUGUCUUGUUGGAGUCACCCAAGCCGUUGCUGUUUCAAAGGAAGGUACGCAAGAUGAAGCUUUUGCUCCUGAAAACAUUGUAGAUUCAGGCAAACUGACACAGACAGAAGAAGACAAAAUCUCUGAAAUCAGAAAACAAGUAUUGUUCCUUCAGGAAUCCGUCGCUGAGAUCACCCGUUCCUUCUCAACUCUCGAGCUCGUCGCGAAGAAUCCAUCAAUGAUGGCGAAGAUCCACAUUGCUGACUCUCUCGAGACCGAGUUCGAGCUGGGAGAACCUGAAAAGACACGACGUCGAAGGGAGCUUGACCCGCUCCCAUCAUCUGGUGCUCAGCAGCAAAGCGUGGUUCAGAACAUAUUCGGACCAUACUCAUGGCCUACAUUUUCUGGCCAAUGUUUCAUGUGCCCUACUGGUGUUCCUGGACAACAAGGUCCCCCAGGCCCACAGGGAACUGCCGGAAGAGACGGCAGAGAUGGACGGGAUGCACCGGAAAGUCCCCAAGCUCAAGAAACCCCAACUGAAUCCUGCGAUGACGCGGUAGUGCGUCCAGUAGGUAACAUGACAAGUCUACCUGGUGUCAUCUAUAUUCGCUGGGGCAACGAUGUAUGUCCCGAAGAUGCAGAACUCAUCUAUUCAGGUACUAUUGGAGGUGCACACUACACUCAUUCUGGUAGCGGCUCAAAUUAUCUCUGCAUGCCGGAAGAGCCAAUCUAUGACGAAUUUAUAGCUUCUAUAGAUGUAUACCGAGCCAUACUAUACUCCUCUGAAUACGAAGUCAAUACUGGUCCUUCACGCAUGCAACCAAAGCACGACCAGACUCCGACCUGCGCAGUCUGCAGGGCGCCCUCUGGCCGCACCAGCAAGCUUAUGAUCCCUGCCCGCAACGUAUGUCCUUCUCAAGAGUGGCGUUUAGAGUACGCUGGAUAUCUUAUGGCAGAGUACAACGGACACCAGAAAUCGGAAUUUGUGUGUGUGGACCGAGAGAUGGUUUCUAAAUCGGGGACCGGGGGGAAUCAGAAUGGUGCGGUGAUGUACUUCACAGAGGUCCGGUGUGUGGCGGGUGAUGGCUUGGAUUGUGGAUCCUACAUCGAUGGUUACGAACUUACUUGCGCUGUCUGUACUAUCUGAAGUCCUACUAAUACAUUCCACUUCAUUCUGUGUAGUUUGACACAGUUGUCAGUUCUUGUCAUGCUUUUAGAACAUCUUAGUUUCAUACACACGACAGACUGUGAUAAAAUGUACAUUUUUGUUUCAUACACAUACCAGUAAUAAAGUGUAAACCUUAGUUUCAUACACAUACCAGUAAUAAAGUGUAAACCUUAGUUUCAUACACACAAUAUAGUGAUAAAAUGUCCACCUUAGUUUCAGAAACAUACCAGUGAUAAAGUGAAAACCUCAGUUUUUACACACAACGGUAAUAAAGUGUCUGAUAAAAUUAGGCCUCGUUUGUCGAUGGUAGAUAUUCUUUUCAUUCAGGCAAGAAUAGUUCUUUUGCUAUAAACCUGAAUUUUCUGAAACAAAUUAGCUCUCAUUUUUACAGAAGUGUAAAACGAAACCUAUUGAUCGUUAAAUGUAUAUAUGAAUAUAAGAAUUUACUUUAAUUGAAUUGAAUUAAUUAAACAGACACUGUCUUUAUAAUUCAAAAUGUUUGGAGGUGUACCUAGUGUUGCCCGUAAUGUUUGACGGGAACUUGCUUGCUUUAGAUCAAUUUUAUUUGCUUAUGGAGAUUUUUUGUA